AUGCGGAGGUGCAGUGCGGCCCUGAUAUUUCGUGGAAGUACCACGUCGCGACGGCGUAUAUCAAGGUGUGUCUGCGGGUGUAGCUGUGUGGGUACAGAGCAGACGCUCACCGGGACAGGCAUGGGUAUCUGCGUCGUCAUCGGCUUUCCGCACAGGAACAGCACGACCACCGUCAAGGUCUUCGAAGCGACCGAAGCGAUGGACGCACUGCAGGCGUUCGUGCGUGCGGGCGGUGAGAUCGGUGGGCCGGGGCUCGUGGAGACCGACAUGGUUGUGAACAUCGGCAAGGUCCUCGCGGGCGAAUGGGGCUACGUCGAGCACGAGAUAGCAGCGAUCGAUACCGCCGCCGUCGCGCUCGCUUGGCUGAGCAGACCAAUCACCACCUGA